UAAGUUUCAACGGCGGUUCAAAUGGAGAGCCCCGGCUCCAGCGUUGAAGCCUUAAUGGAUGCUCAACCAUGAUUCAUGAAAAUUGGGGGUUGCAUCCUGUUCAAAGUUCAAAUAAGGAGCAUCCAAAACAACCGCUAAUGAAUUGCCUCUUUAGAACUCAGUCUGACCAUCCCUUUAGCCCAGCCCUUUCCUGUAGAAUUCAUGAAGACAAAAAACUGGGUAGUAGAUACUCCUCUCAAGUCUCCUCCAUCGUGGUGAGAACAAGAUUGAGGUUGAAAACCUAGUUUUAUAAUGUUGCCAGCGCUGUCAAUAGGCAAUGUGGGGCAGUUAGCAGUAGAUUUGUUGGUUUCCUCAAUGAGAGCUGCAAGAAUUGGUUAUUUGGACGACCCAUGUGUUCUGCCUUGUAUUGGUAACAAUGCUUAUGAGCCACUUCCUAUGGGGGAGCUUGCCCUCCCUCUUGAAGUUUAUGAAUCAACAGCUAAUGCUUUGACCCUUGUUCAGCAAAGGUCACCUGUGAUCAAGGGGAAAGUGGUUGAUUUUGCAAAGAACUUGGCUGAUUUUAUUGCAACUUGUGGUAAGAAGCAUGUUGUUCUGCUCUCUAGCUUAGAUUUUGGAAGGUGGCAACAAAUUGACACAUCGAGUGGUUCGCAGAUACAUUAUCUUUCUAGCACCAAGGACGACGGAACUGAUGACUACUGUGAACAAAUGGGAUGGAGAAGCCUGCAUGAAUAUGAUUCAGAGCAGUCACGAUGGAAAUAUCUUAGCACUCUAACCGAAGCCAAGACUACACAGGAGGACGGCCCACCUUCUGAUGAAGAGUUAGAGGAGGGAGACUACCUUCCAAGUCUACCAUUUGCCUCUCUUUUCACUUUUUUGAAGGCGAAAGGUAUAAAGGUCACCUGCUUAUUAUGCUAUUGUUCAGAAGGAGACAACAUUCCUGAUGCUUUCAAUUUGGCUGAGGCAACAGGCAAACUUCUGGGUCUGCGUCCUGGUGAUGAAGGCAUCAAAUGGGUAAUCCCCUAUUCUUGGAAGUCUGUUUAUGGACCCCCACCAGAUCUGUCCAUCUUCUAGGCAAAGAUGGAUUGAGGAUGGGACUCCUUGUCAGUUUUGCUAAAAUGAUGCCAGAAGAGCCAGUUCAAGAAAAUUGAUCUUGUAUAGUAAAGUAGAAAUGAAAAACCUCUCAAUCCAUUCCGUAACAAGGUGAAUGCUUCCCCUCUUUUUAGUUAAUUUAUUCUACUUUUGUCAAUUUGGAAUUAUAAAUUUUCUGUCUUGGAGUUGUGUAUUCAAAUGGUAAUUGCAUAUCUAACCGUGAUUGAGGUAAAGUUUUAUUGAUUAAAA